AUGAAGCAUGGCCCGAUCAAUAUCUCCGCCAGCUACGACAACGAUCGUACAGUACAUACAAUCCUGCCAGUGGAAGCAAUAUGCCUCCUGACUGCUCUCGGUGCAUCUCUUUCCUAUGCUUCCCCGUCUCCCCCUACAAUUGUUGGCCAUCUUCCAAACACCGAAAUCACUGUCGCUCUGUUUGUGUUUCGUGCUCCUUCUGAUGUCAAGGCUUUGAAGCCGAAAGGUGACGACAAGAAGACCAGAGAUGAGGGGACACGGCUCUGGCUGAAGCUUGGGAAAUGUUGCUUCGUCGGGUCACUGCAUACCUUCCAAGCUAUGAUACAGUUAGGCCAUCCUGCUACCAAUAGCUGCAACCCUAUCAUACGACAUUGCAGCGGAGCAGAGGUCAGGAGAUAUGAUGCCAACCUAUAUGGGACGAGAAUACUACCAAUGCACUUGAGCAGAUCUUACCUCGUCGUCGGCGUUCUGACCUUGUCGGCCUCUUGGAGCUUCCACUCCUCUUAUCACGCAAACAACCACUCUAUUCCCCUCACAUUCUGCUCUUUCACAUGCGAAGGCAUUCUAAAUGCUUACGACAACAAUUUCAUCUACGCCAGAAUCAGCAUUGGGCAGAUAAAUGUCACACUUCCAGAAUUGCUGACAGAAAGGAGCCCUGCGCAUGCGGCUUAUUGCGCAAUGGUAUUAGUCAUUGCAGCUGUGAUCAGCUCUGGGACACCAGAACCACUAUUUCGACUCCGAGGCCUGCGGUUUCAGUUUUACGGGGACCAGAUAUCUCGUGCGCUGCCAGGGACAAUUAAACUGUCAGGGAGAAUUCAAAACACCAUUACCCUACUGCUGCUCGAAGAAAUCGAACAGGUUGUGAACCUCUUCUAUAACAUCGCUGCCAGUGUCCCAGCAGCAGGCAACGUAAACCCAGCUAUGGACAAGGGCGGCUGUUGUGCUUCAACUUCUCAAGAUUGGCAUAUCAGUGAAGCUCUCAUUGUUCCUGUACAAUCCGUGCUUGUCAUUGUCAAGUUUAUCAUCGUUGGAGAACCUGCCUCCCUCGGGACACUACUCAAGCUGGGGAAUGGCACCGUCGACAUACUGUGUGACCUUGUCAACCAACCUGCAGGGCAAAGUAUUAGCAGCACACCCUCACUUCCAGCAUGCACCAUCACUGUGUCCACUGUAAUCAAAUAUUUCAUUGCUCAACAGUAUUUCAUGCAAUAUGUCAUUCCCCAUGGUGCUUAUUUCAUCAAAUAUUUCAUUGCCAAGUUGAUGUGGAGUGCAAAAAGAAUGGACCAUGGGUCAUUUUUUGGUUCUUUCCAAGAAUUUAUUGUAGUCUAA